UUCGUUUCCAAGUCACGACUGUCACACAGCCAGUGUUGUGUGUGGACUCGUAGGCUACGAUGCAGGAUGAGAAUUCUUCAUCUCAACGCUGCUCUUGUCUGACGAGAAUUAGCAAUGCGAUCGAGCACGCCCUCGAGACGUUCUUCUACAAGCUCGGCGAGAAGGUUGGUGCUUAUCCCGCACGGACCAUCGUCAUCAUGUUUAUCGUCGCGUUCGUCUGUAUGGCCGGUCUCUCGCGUUUCCGGCAAGAGAGUCGACCCAACAAGCUGUGGGUUCCGAGAAAUGCCGAGGCACUCGAUCAGAAGGAAUGGGUCGGGAGAAUCUUUCCCGAAACAGCUCGCUAUGGCUUCUUGAUCGUCACUCCAACGAAGGGAGAAAAUGUUCUUACACCUGCUGUGUUGAAGGAGCUGUACGACCUGCAUGUGUCAAUUGUCAACAUUACGGCACGGGGAAGCACUUUCUUUCAGCAGCACAAUAUCGCUUGGGAGCAGCUCUGCUUUAGGCGUAACCCGAGACGUUGCUGGAUUUCUAGCAUUUUGACGUUAUGGGAGUUUGAUAGAGACAGAAUCUAUGGUCUGACAUCCCAUGCUAUAUUGUCAGAACUGAACAAAAACAAUCUUACUGACCCUUGGAAUGGAGGCUUAUUUCAGGCGAGUCAAGUAAUUGGUGAUAUCAGCUAUGACCCGGAUCCGAGCAAAAGGCACACAAUAAUUGGUGCUAAAGCUUUGCGAUUAAUCUACCGCAUAUACAGCAAUGAGACAUUCGACGAGAGUUCCGGCGAAGAAGUAGACGAACGUGCGGACGACUUCGAAAGGCAGGUGGACACAAUUGGGCAAAAGAAACACGACGAACUGUCCUCAUCUGUGAGAACAACUUUUGGUCUUCAGGAAGAGACCAGCAAAGCAAUUCAAAACGAUCUCACCAUUCUGGCUGCGGGCUACUUUCUCAUUAUUGCAUACGUCUGCAUCAGCCUUGGUCAAAUGACUCGCCUCAAGCACAAAAUAUGGCUUUCAUUUGCUGGUGUUAUAAGUACCGGUCUUGGCAUUGUCGUCUCACUUGGUCUGUGUAGUGCAUUUGGACUGUUCUAUGGACCCGUACAUUCAGUGCUUCCGUUUUUACUACUCGGUGUUGGAGUGGAUGAUAUGUUUGUGAUUUUGUCGUCGUGGGAGAAUUUAGACGAGAAGACUCAUAAAGAAAAGAGCAUCAGUGAACGAAUAGGAUUGACUCUGAAAGAGGCGGGAGUGUCGGUGACCGUGACGUCUUUAACUGAUUUGGUGGCAUUCCUAGUUGGAGCAUCGACUGUUUUGCCUGCAUUGCAGUCAUUCUGUGUGUUUGCUGGCAUCGGAAUUCUGUUUGAUUUGAUAUUUCAAGUCACUGUCUUUACAGCAUUUUUGGCGAUUGAUGGAAGCAGAGUUGAUGCCAGACGUGAUGCGUGCCUUUGUUUCAAGCUGUCUGAUGAUUACCAGGAGUCGAAAUGUUGUUGGACGUGGUGGCCAUUCCAAUCUGGUUGGUUUAAGCGAUUUGUUGCCGAUGUAUAUGCUCCGACUCUCAUGAAAACGCCAGUCAAGAUUGUGGUAAUUGUAGUUGCCAUGGUGGUGUUUGGUGUUGGUACUUAUGGUGUGACAAAGUUGGACCGACACUUUGAUUUCAAGUGGUUCCUUCCAUCGGGAUCGUACGUUCUUGACUAUUUUGCUGACGAGGACUUGUAUUUUACUUCAAUUGGAAGAAGAACUGCUGUAUAUACAGGCAAUGUACACUAUUAUGCUCAAACCGAUCAACUCGAUGAAUUGGGAAAGAAUGUACUGAUAAACGAAUACAUCAAUCCUAGUACUGUCGAGUAUUGGUACUUUGAUUACAAAAAGUGGCUCAAUGAGUCUGCUUUGCCUAAACCCAAUGACAAGGCUAGUUUUUCAGAAACGCUUCGUUGGUAUCUCAACACAUCUGAUGGACAGAGGCAUCAAGCUGACGUGAAGUUUAAGAAUGAAGACAUCGUGGCGACUAGGUUGAUUGCUAAUCAUCGCAAACUGGUUGAUACUGAUGACAAAGUGGAUGCUAUGGUCAGUCUGCGCGAUACUGCUGCAUCUGUGGAUCUGAGCCCCGAGAAGGCGUUUGCAUAUGCAGAGACGUAUAUCAAUCGAGAAGCUGAUUUGGUGAUUCGGCGAGAGCUGUUUAGAAACAUUGGUCUUGCGAUGAUGUGUGUGUUUAUCGUCACUCUUCUACUUAUUGCAAACAUUUGGUCAUCUGUACUCGUUCUUGGCUGUGUCGUGCUGACAUUGGUGGAUACUGCUGGUAUGAUGCAUUUCUGGAAUCUGACAAUAGACGUGGUUACGACUGUGGUUUUGAUCUUGGCUAUUGGUUUGGCGGUGGAUUAUUCGGCACAUAUUGCGCACGCUUUUCUGAUACCGAAUGCUAAGGAUAAAAGCAACGACGACCGUGCCAUCACGACUCUGCGUACAAUUGGCACUGCAGUAUGGAACGGAGGUUUCAGCACGUUUCUAGCCUUUGUUCUGUUGGCAUCCUCCGAUUCAUACGUUUUCAUGACUUUCUUCAAAGUAUUUUUCUUGGUUGUCCUAUUCGGCUUGUUCCACGGCUUGUGUCUCCUUCCCGUUGUCCUCAGCCUCAUUGGUCCAUCCCCGUAUGCCUCCCAGUCGGCCAUAAAGACAACACCGUCUGUCGAACUCAAGGAGAAGAAUGCGCCCAACGGAUUUCAAAACGAUCACACUGCAACAAUGGAUGACAAACGUCACAUCAUGGGUCAAGAUCGAGAGAACGGAUUCACCAAUUCGGAAGAGAGAUCAGCGAGUCUCGCUGUGGAGAGCGACAUCAAAAGUGUAGGAGAGGAGCUGAUUGUUUAACGACAGGUCCUGGAAGUUAGAGGGGUUAAUAUUAUAACGGCAAGUAUUGUAUAUGUGUAUAGUUGGCUAUUAGUUAGAUGCAUGAUAGAUGGUGGAUAUUGAUAGGUAUGACUGCCACACUGUCGUUGUAUGCUUUAAUUAAUACAUGCUUGUUGUCUAUUGUG